CCCAUAGUUCAGAUUGGAGACCACGUGUCAAUCCAACUGCAUCAGCCUUUUGCUCAAUGUCUUAUUGAUGAGGCAGAGCAGCUGCACAGGAAGGAAACAAAGGAGACAAAUCAGUUGUCCAUGUUCCUGUCAUUUCAUCCCGUGCCCAAAGAUUCGUGGUUCCGUUCAGUCACCUGAAGAUCCAGGGCAGCAACUCCCAGUCCUCAGUAGACGUCAUCCUCUAAUCGAGGGGCUGCUGACCAAGACAAGGGGCAAUGUGCAACAGGGCACAUGCGUGAUCAUUCUGGACCAAUAGGGCAGAAAGUUGUGAACUUCUAUCCUUGGCCGAUUACAGUCGUAGAGCCAUACGGCUCGGAAACCGGCCCCUUGGUCCAACCAGUCUGUGCUGAUCAUAAUCCCAAACAUUUCAUGUACUUACCUAAAUGUCUUUUAAAUGAUGUAACUGUACCCGCACCCACCACUUCCUCUGGGAGUUCAUUCCACUCUCUGGGGCUUUUUAAAUCUUUCUCCUCUCACUUUAAAAAUGUGUCCCCUAGUCUUGAAAUUUCCGACCCUAAGAAAAAGACACCUGCCAUUCACCUUAUCUAUACCUCUUGUGAUUUUAUAAACAUCUGUAAGGUCACCUGUCAACCUGCUGCACUCCAGUGAAAAAAGUUCCAUCCUAUCCACCUUCUCUGAUAACUUGCACCUUCCAUUCCUGAAUAUUAAAAGAAGAUUUGAAGACAGAAAAUCAAACCAAACAUCAUAUCAAAAAUCUGACAGGAUUAUUCAAGCUAUUUUCAUAGGACCUUAAAGAAGAAGGAUUUGCAGUCGGGAAACUGAAGCCGACUAUCACAUCAGGAUCUGAUGUAGCCUGGAUAUCAUCAGAUUUUGAACAUGGAAGGCAAAAGCAACAUUUACCGUGGGAAGAAACCAUACGUGUGUUCUGCUUGUGGUCGUGAUUUUAACCAAUCAUCCAGCCUGUCAGAACACAAAUGUGGUCACAACAGGCAGAAACCAUGGACAUGUGGGGACUGUGGGAAAGGAUUCAUUUCCCCAUCGAGGCUGGAGACCCAUCGUCGUAUUCACACUGGGGAGAGGCCAUUUGCCUGCACUGAAUGUGGGAAGGGAUUCACUCAGUUAUCCAACCUGCUGAGACACCAGCGAGUUCACACCGAUGAGAGACCAUUUAAAUGCCCAGAGUGUGGGAAAUGCUAUAAAAGUUCUGGGGAACUGAUUUGCCAUCAACGUGUGCACACCGAUGAGAGACCGUUCAAGUGCUCUCACUGUGGAACUGGGUUCAGAUGGUCAUCUCAACUCAUUGAACACCAGCGAGUUCACACUGGGGAGAGGCCAUUCACGUGCUCCAAGUGUGGGAAAGGUUUCACUCAUUUAUCCAACCUCCAGACACACCAGCGUGUCCACAUUGGAGAGAAACCAUUCACUUGCUCUGACUGUGGGAAGGGAUUCACUCAAUUAUCCCACCUACUCACGCACCAGCGAGUCCACACUGGAGAGAGGCCGUUCACCUGCUCAGAGUGUGGGAAGGGGUUCACUGCCUCAUCCAUCCUUAUGGCGCAUCAGCGGGUUCACACCGAUGAGACCCCAUUCAGGUGCUCUCAAUGUGGGACUGGGUUCAAACACUCAUCAAACCUCACUGUACACCAGAGAGUUCACAGUGGGGAGAGGCCAUUCACCUGCGCCAAGUGCGGGAAGGGAUUCACUCAGUCCUCUCACUUGCUGACACACCAGCGGGUUCACACUGGAGAGAGACCAUUCACCUGCUCCAAGUGUGGGAAGGGAUUUACCUGUUCAUCGCACCUGCUGAGGCACCAGCGAGUUCACGAGUAACUGCAAUGAUUGGAUGAUGUUAAUUCAGACAUGAGAAUGGUUUAAUGUUGAUAAGGAAGGGCUGUUGGAUCUGAUGGCUGCUCUUAAACUUAAGGCACUGGGACUGGAUGAGAUGUAUCCAAUGACACUGAGAAUAAGCAAGGGUUUAAACUGGAGAGGCUGUAGCCAUAAUUUUUCAAUCUUGCUUACACUUGAGUGGUUCCAGAGGACUGAAAAAUGCAAGUUCUUUGUUAUCCCCUUGUCCAACAAUAAAUGUAGAGACACGCCCCGCAGGUACAGGUCGAUCAGGUUAAUUUUGUUGGUUGGGAAACUUUUAGAAGCGCACAUUUCAGAUCAAAGUAACAUGGAGCAUUGCUGGUUAAUUAGGGAGACUAUGAAUUUCUUAGGGCAAAGUGAUGUUGAACCAACUGGCUGGAGUCUGUUGAAGACGGCAUUGCUAUUGAUGCAGUGUACAUGGGCAAAUGGUGUGCAAACUUAGAGCUGAUUAAUUAAAAAGGGCAGUAACAAAUUGGAUACAGAACUGGCUGAGUGGGAGGAAACUGACAGUAGCGCUUCAGGAACGUUUGGAGUGGCAUUCUCCAAGGGUCAGUAUUGAGACAUAUUUUCAUACAUAGUCAUAAAUUGAUAAUUAAAAUAAACCUUAAUGUAUUAAACAGCCCAACAAUCAUUAAACAUAAAGGUGAUUACUGCUAUAAUCAUGUGAUUUGACCGAGCAGUAAGCUUCCAAAAAUUUGUUUAGAAAUCCCCAAGUCAGCAGGAUAAUCAGCAGCUCAUGUACCUCCUAACAGGACUGGAAAUGUUAAUUGUAAUAUAAACUGCCAUAAAGACAGAUUGUCCCCAAUGAAAACACCAACCACAAAAGAAUUGUAAGUUAUCUGUCUCCUGUAAAGAUGUUAAUAACUUUACUAAACCUCUGAGUUUGGCUAAUGUUAGUUGCUUAUUUGCAUUGCGAGACUUUGUCUUGAUGGCCAGUGUUCCAGUCCUACUGCCACCAUCCCCGAAAGAAAGGGCUUCAUCACAUGACUCCCAUGUUGCUGAACUCACAUGCCUUCCACAGUUUUGAAAUAGCUGUCUGUAAAAUGGUCAGUGUUGCUUCAUACAGCAUCUAUUGUUGAUAGCCAAACUCUUAACCCCAGUGAUGAAGGUAGAACCUCUCAUCUGUAAAAAACAGCCAGCAAACAGUAUUUGUGCUCUUUGCAAGUACUUCCACUGAAAUGGCAAAGUAGAAUUUACAUCUCAGCACUAUUCCUCAGAUGACAGUCAACGACAUUUUAAUGGGAAUAAACUGUUUACAGUUCACAAACCGCAGGCUAGCCAACUAACUGCUCCCACAAAGGAAUUCCAGACUGCUAACUCCAAACUACAGACACUGAUAGACUGCUGAGCCUCAGUUGUGUUUGUAUUUAAUUUGUUGCUGAUGGACAAAUGUCUUUAUUCUUUUUGAUUUGUAUCUCCUCUUGCAUGUUUGUGACUGUGCCUCUGUUGUGAAGUAUCCCCUCUCUGGCAUCUGAGAGUAUGUCAAAUAAAAUUUCAUUCUAGUUUAACUUUA